AAGAUGAGCUUGUAGGCGGUGGUUUUGAUACCAUUGUAGACAGUAAAUUAUCCAACUCCCCGUUCGCAACGGCUCACGUUUGGAAAAGUCACAAAAUAAAAACGUAAACAAACAUUUUGACAGCUUUAAACUAAAUCGAAUUAGCUUAGUGAAAAAAGCUGAGCCCGCGGCUCUAGUAACUUGACCAUGUUAAAUUCGCCAUGAUUUGAAACACAUUUGAGCAGUUUGAAACGAAUGUGUAUCGAUCUUCUCGCAUUGGUCGAUACCCAGGUAUCUACAGCUACCCGGUUCCAUUGGCUCAUCCCAUAUUUCUUUAGCAAUACUUGCAUGUAGCCACUUUGCUUUAAAGUACUGAUAAUUUCCAUUUGAUGUAUAUCUAGCACAAGUCAAUAAUUUGCUCUUCCAAUGUCCUUAAUAUCGAAAUAUUUCAAAAGUUGUUCUCCUACAUUGUAAAUAAUUUUAAGCACUCGUUAGGUAGAUCAUCUUCAUACACUAUCAGUAAAGAUAACUUUUUCUCAUAUAAGGUACGACUUAAGUUUGGCGAACUACUGCCGACCACCUUGUUUAAGCCCCUACAGAGUUAAUUUAUGUUUAUAGGUAGUACCACAUUCCUCUCUUUCCUUCAUUUGGUUUGUUGAGUUACUAUAACCAUCGCCAUGUUUAUCAAAUUCAUUGUUAUUUAUUGUAAAACAUCACAUAGCUUAUCUGGCACCCUCAUGAAGUUCUUUUCGUUCAACCUUCCAUUUAGAAACACGUCAAUAAACUGCCACACUUCAACAACGUCAGAAUAUAUAAUCUUCAACAUGACACUCUAGCUAUUUUGAACGGUAAUACAGAUAUGUCACCAAUAUCUGAUGCAGUAACUUAAUCAUCUUUUACCAAUUUUGUUAUAUUAGCAGCAUUUAGGUAAUCCAACCGAUAAUGCCACUUUAAAACAGAGCAACACUUGCUACUUUCUAUGGUAUAGCAUAAAUCGUCCUUACGAUCAGCAAUCAACGUUAUUUCCGUACUUGCAUUGUAUACCAACAGGAGAAAAAUAUGGAAGCACGCAAUAAAGGAGAUAAUUUAUUAGUAAUUCGGGAAACGAAAAUGAAUGCUGAUUCUCAAAAAUAUAAAACGGAAAUCAAUAUCAAGGACCGAAUGCCAGUACUUAUUAUGGAUGGCGGUAUACAAUUACUAAUGAGGCAAUUGAUAGUAAACAACUUUUGGGGAGACUUUGAAUACUAUACGAUAAAUGUGUACGGUUUGUCAAAAUUAUUCAUGCAAUCAUGAAAAUUGAAAUUGAUCAGGUGAUCACAGCUGUGAGCUCAAACUGGAAAUAGAAGCUAAGUUUUCCUACUUUGGAGGCUCUACAAUCAAAAUCACAUUUAUGACCGUCGGCAGCGAGUUCUUUCGGAAACAGUCUUUGCAGCUAGCAAACAGUGGCUGAGGGUUUGCGGUCUAUUAUCUAAGAUCUUUACCAUUGUAAUUUUUAUUAUAGAGCGCUAAUUUAUUUUAUUUAGUCAUAAAAAAAUACUAAACAUUUUUGUCAUCUGGUGUUCCACUUUUACUACUAUUCAGCAGGCUG